AUGGAUUCAAGCCUGGUGAUUGUACCGCAGUUCGAUGAUCUGAUGCGCAAGGCAAAUGUGCUUCAGGCAGGCUGUGAAGCUGAGUUUAUUGCCUUUGCAAUGAACCAGGAUGAAGUCCGCAAGAAGUGGUUGAGUGCCGAACAGAAAAAUGAGAGCCUUGAGGACAAGGUAAAGAGGCUAGAGUCACAGAAUGCCUCGUUGGAGACACAGCUAAAACAUGCCAGAAUGCAAGCAGAAUAUGAACUACAGAGGAGGAAGGCAGCAGAGCGGGAAAAAGAUGAUAUGGACCGUCAGAUUGGGGUUAUUAGAGAAUUGCUCAAUGACAAGAACAGCAAGAGCAUUCUGCAUGAACAAGACAGGGAUCGCCUGGCAGCCAUUGCUAACAACUACCGUCAGAAUGGACAUAUGGACUUGAGUAACCCAAGGUUAAACACUAUCAUGGAACAGUCCGCUUCCUUCCUGUCUGAUGUCAGCUAUGACAAAACUGAGGAAGAUCCGCUGGGUUACUCAAAGUUGAGAAGUGGUAGGAAGUUCAAGCGGCCUUCAGCACCCCCUGAAGAUGAGCUGGACAAUACCCCACCAAAACGUCAACGAGAUGAAGAAGGACACAAUACUUCAGUAGUGACAGCCACUAUCACCAUUGACUCAACUGGCAAACCCUCGGCAACAGUGGAGACAAACAUACCCAAACUCAACAAAAGUUUCAGUGAGCCAUCACUUGACAAGAGAGGUCAGCACGGAGGUGACAGCGGAGCAGAGAGUGACGAUGAGCUGUUUAACCGCAACAACAAUUACAACACCAAUGCUAGACCCAGAAAAAGUAUUCUCAAAAACACACCAGAGACUCCUACCCUCAGAAAGGCUAAUUCUGCAGGUCGUGGAUUAAACAGGGUACAUAUUUUCAUGCCCAAAACUGUCAUCAAGCCAGAGACUUGUGCACCAUGUGGUAAAAGAAUUCGCUUCAGUAAAAUGGCCAUGAAAUGCAAAGAAUGCCGUGCUGCCUGUCACCCAGAAUGUAAAGAUAAAUUAUCUCUACCCUGCAUCCCUUCAUGCCCUAGUGCGUCAGGAGGCAACAAGUUUUCAGAGGGUCUGAUAUCAGAUUUUGUUCCCUGUGAGCGCCCAAUGAUCCCACGGCUUGUUGUAAAUUGUGCCAAUGAAAUUGAAAACCGUGGCCUGCAGGAGGUUGGAAUCUAUCGAGUACCAGGAUCUGACAAAGAAAUCAAAGAGCUGAAAGAGAAGUUCCUUAAAGGCAGAUACCCGCACCUGUCAUCUAUCCAUGAUAUUCAUGUGGUCUGUGGGUGUUUGAAGGAUUUUCUGCGUAGCUUGAAGGAACCACUGAUCACCUAUGCUCUAUGGUCCCGGUUUGUGGAAGCUGCAGAAAUGACGUCACGUGAAAGAAGCCAAGAGGAACUGUGUCACUUAGUUAAUAGCCUUCCACAAGCAAACAAAGAUACGCUGGCCUUCCUAGUACAGCAUCUUCAGACGGUCGCAACAUCACCAUCCUGCAAGAUGCCGACUGCUAACCUGGCUAGGGUAUUCGGACCAACUGUAAUUGGGUACUCAAGUCCUGAACCACAGCUCCAAAUGAUGAUGACUGAAACACGGAAGCAAAACCAGGUUAUGGAACGCUUGUUGGAGAUACCAAACCAAUUCUGGAGUGAGAUACUCAAUGUUGAUGACAUAAGUCUCUUCCCGGCAGGAACUCCAUAUACGCCAGAGGAUUUGCAUUAUGCUCCUCGCAGUAUGUUGGGUCCCAUCAGCACACCAGAUAUGCCAGACAUGUACGCACAUGACAUCACCCGGAGCCAGGCAACACCCAA